CGGUGUGGGCAAGCAGAAGAAGACCCGCUAUAAAUGGCGACCUCCGUGUGCUGAAUCUGAGCUCGAAAAUAUUAAAAGUACACAUGUUUGCGGAAUUUAUCGGGAUUCUCUCCCUGUCAAAUAUUACAACAGUAAGUAUUUUGCAGUUCAGACUUGCACUUCGAUUGCUGUCCAACGGUGGAUUUAUAGUCCAGUCUGGCAUCAGCUCUCACUUCCUGCCAAAUGAAGGACGGCAAGGAGAAUUCUAACGCUGCUUCUGGGAGUUUCGCCACAAAUCUGGAUCACAUAAAGCCAUGCUGGUACUGGGACAAGAAGGAUCUGGCCCAUACCCCAUCCCAGUCUGACGGCCUGGACCCGGCCACAGAAGCCCGGUACAAACGAGAGGGAGCCAGGUUCAUAUUUGACGUCGGAACUCGUCUGGGACUGCAUUAUGACACUUUGGCAACUGGCAUAACAUACUUUCAUCGUUUUUACAUGUUUCAUUCUUUCAAACAGUUCCCCAGAUAUGUGACCGGGGCUUGCUGUCUCUUCUUGGCUGGUAAAGUGGAAGAAACCCCUAAGAAGUGUAAAGACAUAAUUAAAACCGCACGCAGUCUGCUCAACGACGUGCAGUUUGCCCAGUUUGGAGAUGAUCCAAAGGAAGAGGUCAUGGUCCUGGAAAGAAUUUUACUCCAGACAAUCAAGUUUGAUUUACAAGUAGAACACCCUUACCAGUUUCUUCUGCGCUACGCUAAACAGCUGAAAGGUGAUAAGAACAAAGUUCAGAAGCUUGUGCAGAUGGCGUGGACAUUUGUGAAUGACAGUCUCUGCACAAUGUUGUCUCUUCAGUGGGAGCCAGAGAUCAUAGCUGUGGCAGUCAUGUAUCUCGCCGGCAGACUGUGUAAGUUUGACAUCCAGGAGUGGACGUCUAAGCAGUCAUCUCGUCGCUGGUGGGAGCAGUUCGUACAGGACGUGCCGGUAGAGCUCCUGGAGGACAUCUGCCAUCAGAUCCUGGACUUGUACUCUCAGGGUAAGCAGCCGAUACCCCAGCAACCUCCGAUGCAGGACAAAGAGAAACCACCACCACCUCCUGCAGUGCUGCCCAGUCAGUCAGGGGCACCGAACCCACCUGCUCAACCUCCCAAGAAAAACUCCCCUCAGGCUAGCCCACCCAACAAGCUUAAACGGCAACAUGUCUCUCCUAAAGAUGAACCUAAAGCCCCAUCAGAGCAAGUUGGGUCUAAGAUACCGCGUCUGGAGAGUCCUAUGCCCCCUCUGCCUGCCUCCCAACCCCCAGAUCGCAAGGCUCCAUCUGCAGUCCCUGCGCCUCCUGUUGAAGCAGAGCCGGCCGUGUUGACUGAUCAUGACCUAGCACAGGGCCUGGCUCCUCCUCUGCCGCACGGGGCCCCGCCCCCUCUACCUCACCGCCCACCUCCCCCUCCUCCCUCCAGUUACAUCAUGGGAAUGUCAACGUCCAGUUCAUACAUGUCAGGGGAGGGAUUCCAGAGCCUGCAAUCCAUGAUGAAGACUGAAGGACCUUCCUACGCACCCAUGCCCCCUUCAUACGGCCUACCUUACCACCCACACGUCUAUCCACACCCAAACCCCCCACCUCCUGGCCCUCCACCCCCAGCCAAUUACCCCCCACCUAAUCUGCCCCCACCCACACCAUCUUACCCCCCGCCAGGAUAUAACCCCAGCUACCCACCUCCACGCAUGCCACCUGGGCACAGUGUGCCCCCUCCGGUAAUGGGGUAUCCCCCUCCACCUGUUCCUCCUGGUCAACCUCAGGUGCCCCUGCCACCCCACGCUAUGCCACCUGUGGCAGGAAUGAACAGAGGAGCAUGGAUGAGAUGAGACAUAAUGGAAAGGUGGAGGUGAAUGUGUUUACAAUGCUCCUGUAAAAGUAGUCCAUACGACUUUAUUCAACAGCCAAAAAAUAAUAGCAUAAAAAUUUGGAUUGACACGAGCAUGAGUAAAUAUUGAGUUUUCACUUUUUGGGUGAACUCUUCCUUCAAACCAUUUUUUCAGUUCACGGCACCAUUGACAUUCCAAACACCUUUCUGUGAAUGAAUUGGGAAUUCUUGUUUAUACAAAUGAUUUAUUCUGCAAUAUCCUUAGGGAAUGUUUUUUUCUUCAAUGUAAAUUCUUCUCUUCCCCCUUGCUUUGCUUUUUAGUUGCUGUGUUGCAGAAUUCAUAUCUGUUUUCGUACCAAGAUGGGAAAAAAAUAUACCACAAAUCAUCCUUGACUGUCUUUUUUAUUUAGAUGCGUUUCUGGCAUCUUUGACUAAAGUCAAGUGAGUCCAUGAAUGGUCAAACGUUAUCAUAGUUUUUUCUUGUACAUGCUCUUAGUUUGUUUAGUUGAUCAUCAGGGAACUUGCUGUGGCCAACCACUUUGUGUUCACUUGAUGUUUAUUUAGGCAGAUAAUAAAAGUCAUUUU